AUGUCGGCAUCCUUCAUUCCAGACAGCUACCCGCAUCUCAUGGAUCGGAUCCUCUUACUUCUUGACUACCCCGACCUCCUGACAUUGCGACUCGUCAACUCGUCACUCCGCAGCAUGGCCGACCGCGAGCUGACCCGCGGUACGCUUCUGCUCUACAGCAGCAACGGAGUGACAGUUGCAGCUACCCGCAGGGGUUGCCUGCCAUCCUUUUGUCCAGGAUCUAGCCUUCCGCCUCGGCUCCCUAUCUUAUCUUCCAAAAUAGCCCUUGACGGUGCUGUUCCGUCAACCCGUGUCAACAAGGUGCUCCGCUCUCUGCCCCCUGACUGUCAUCUCGUUGUGCGACACAAGGGAACGGAUGCAGGAUUCAAUCUCCCGGACGCAAGCAUACUACAGGUGGUUCUCGAUGUUCCUUGUGACUGCGCCCACCGGUCCAAGGCUUUUCAGCAUGCCGCGCGUGUCGUGCUGGUGGAUCUUGUUGUGAAAACAAGCAACAACAAGGGUAGCAUCUGCCAGAUUGCCGCGGGCUUACUGUCGCCCAGUGUGCACACCCUAGCCAUCUCAGCCGAUGAGAAGAGGACUAUCUUCGAGACGUUCGGGUGGGUGAAGGGUUUCAAAGGAUUCCGUCGCAGCGAGCAUCACCCCGAUCUUUGUAUUGUGGCCAUCAUUUCGGAUAUCCCUUUCGGCCAGUAUUCAGCCUCCGUUUCGCAGGAGCUCGCUGCGGUUUUCGACACGGACAUCCACCAUGUCAUAGCGACUGGUCCGAAGGCGCUCGCGGGCACAGACUCAAGCGAAAGUGAACACGACCCUGAGGGCUCCCAGGAAGAAGAUAACUCUGACGACGAGGUUGAAGACGACGCGGAAGACGAUACGGACAGUUCCGAGAACUUGCAGAGCUCAGCUACGGAGUCGGGAAUAAGUAGUUAA